CCUAACCCUGAUGGGAAAUUAAAGCCGGCAAUUGACAUUUCCUUGUCCUUUUUUCAAUCAUUUUAUCAUUUACUGCCAUCAGUUUUUAAGGCCGCUAUACGUCAAAAAAGAGGAAAGGGAGAAUGAACAAAUUACCGUCGGUGAGAAAAUUAUCUUUGCCGCUAUUAGUGGUGUUAAUCGUAGUAGCGUUGGCAAUAGCGAAUAUUCCUCGUCCGCGAGGUGUUCCGCUAUUCAAGGCAUCGCUCUAUGCUCCCGGCCCCGGCAAAAGUUGGGUUUGCCUAGAUGGUCAAAAAACCAUACUUCAUACGCAGGUCAAUGAUGACUUUUGUGAUUGUGCGGAUGGUAGUGACGAACCAGGUACUUCUGCCUGUGCAAAUGGCAGUUUUAACUGUGCGAAUCUCGGCCAUCGCGCUGAGGACAUCCAUAGUUCGCUUGUUAAUGAUGGAAUUUGUGAUUGCUGUGAUGGUAGCGAUGAGUGGAGUGGGGGUGCUGCUAGUUGCCCAAACACUUGCUUGGAGCGUGGGAGAGCGGAAGAAGAACAGCGACGGUCGCAAGCGGAUUUGCACAAGCGUGGUAGUGCAAAACGAUCGGAAUUUAUUGCUAUUGGUAAACAAAUGCGAGUUGAUCGUGAAGCCCGGCGAAAGGAUCUUGAACAUAGGCGCAAAGAACAGGAGGCAGUGAAAGCAGAGAAAGAAGAGCUGAAAAAGACUGCAGAGGCAGCUGAAGCGGAAGCUCUCGAUAUCUACAAAGAACAACAGCGGGAAAGAGAUGCCGCUGCAGCCGAAGCCGCCAGAUCACAAGAGGAUGCACAGACUAUGCGUUAUGAGGCAGAGGCGGCAUUUAAUAAAUAUGAUGCGAACAAAGAUGGCUUUGUAGAAGUUACAGAAUUAAUGAUAGACAUGACACUCGAUCGAGAUCGCAAUGGCAUUGUAACUGUUGAGGAAGCAAAAUUCUUCUUAGAUGAACGAGAUCGCAUUGACUUGGACUCUUUCCAUACGCUUUCGUGGCCAAGAAUCAAACCGAUAAAGAUGUUAGCAGAAGGUAUUUUCAAACCACCAGUACUUGAAAACGGAGGACAAGAAGAAAAUGAAAGCGUAGAGACGCAAGAGCAAACCGCGAGAGAAGAAUUAGAACACGAAAUCGAAGAAGG